AUGACAUGGGCUCCCUCAUUCAGAAUUUUGGCCGCUGAACUCAAGAAGUUAACUAGCCGGGUCCAAGGUGUCGAAGGUAGCAAAGGUGUUGAAGGGUUAAACUAUGAAGAUCUUUGUGUUCAGCCAAAUGUUGAGCUUCCGAAAGGGUACAAACCUCCCAAGUUCGAGACGUUCGAUGAUACAGGUGAUCCUAGGGUCCAUCUGAGAAUGUAUUAUGAUAAGCUGGUAGGAGUUGGAAGGGACGAGAAAAUCUGCAUGAAGUUGUUCAUGAGGAGUCUAAAAGGCGAUGCCUUAUCAUGGUACAUCAGCCAAGAUGCAAAGAAAUGGACAAGUUGGGUGAACAUGGCGUCUGACUUUAUAAACCGAUUUAGGUUCAACACUGAGAACGCACCAGCUGUGUUCUAUAUCCAGAAUCUAAAGAAGAAACCCAUAGAGACCUUUCACGAGUAUGCUAUUCGUUGGAGGUCAGAAGCUGCUAAGGUCAGGCCAGCCUUGGAGGAAGAGCAGAUGAACAGGUUCUUUGUCCGAGCUAAGGAUCCGCAAUGCUAUGAAAGGCUGAUGCUAAUAAAGGGUCAAAAGGUCUCUGACAUCAUCAAGUUGGGAGAAAGGAUCGAAGAAGGCAUAAAAAAUGGUAUGGUCACUAACCUUGAGGUAUUGCAAGCUACCAAUAAGGCUUUACAGUCUAGUGGUUCGUCAAAGAAAAAGGACGUAAAUUCCGUAAUGGCUGCGCAAAGGAACAAUUCCCCUAUGAUACCAAAAUUCGAUCGAAGACCUCCCAGACAGUAUACCGCCAUAGCCGAGCCAAUUGACCAAUUAUAUGAAAAACUCAAAGCAGCCGGUUACGUCUCACCUAUCCCAGCCAUAACUCCAGAAAAUCCUUCCCAAUGGAUCAAUCCCAGCAAAACCUGCGCAUACCAUUCCGGAAUGAAAGGUUAUACCAUCGGCGAGUGUCGCUCGUUGAAAGACAAGAUUCAGAUUCUGAUCGAUAACAAGGUCAUUGUAGCAAAGGAGCCCGCUCCCAAUGUCCACAACAACCCUCUGCCUGACCACAAGGGUGGGGGCAUCCAUAUGAUCGAGAUUGAGGAUGAUUGGGACCCCAAGGGGUCAAUCGGGUUGAUAGCUGAAGGAGAUGAACCUAAAAAAUCGGCGGUUACCCUCAAUCCCAUUGUUGUUCAAAUCCAGCCCUCUGAGGGCGAUGUGGUAAAUGUGUCUGCACCACUCGAGUUCGAAGUGCCUCCUGCAAAGGCGCCAAAACCAAUCGAAGUUGAGUUUGGCAUCCCAAAAGCACCUGCACCAUUUGAAGUUACUGUGUUACCUUCCAGGAUGCCCAUUCCGGUUUCCAUGACAUAUGUGACCCCGUUCAAGUUGGAUGCCAUACCUUGGGACUACACAGCUGAGGCUAGAAGGAAAGGGAAAACACUUACUGUAGAAGCAAUCGCCACGCAGGGCAUGACCAGGACAGGCAGGGUAUACACUCUAGAACAUUUAGCUGAGUCCAGCAAGCAAGCCUUUGGACGAGCUGUUGAAACUGGACCCGAUGACCUUUGGAGAAAGAUACAAGCCAAAGAGUACUCAGUCGUUGAGCAAAUGAGCAAAACACCAGCACAGAUUCCAUCUUGGCUCUUCUGCAAAGCUCUAAGGCACAUAAAAACACCUUAA